GAGAGAAUUCCCUUUCCCCUUCCACCCUGGCAGUUUCCUUUUAGGGACUGCUUGGUAAUGAACUACUAAAGUGAGAUCUAUUCAACUUUAAGAAAACUGAAAAAUAAAUACUUAGUAAAGGGGAGUGAAGUGACAGAAGGGGACAGCAAAAAGCACUGAAUUGGGAGUAAAGAAAACUAGAGCUCUGAGCCUUCCCUGAAUGACCCCGCCCCCAGCCUUCACUCACAAGGUUUAGCUUCUCUCCUGGUUGGGUUACCGAACCCCAGGGUGGCCUGAUGAGGUUCUCUGAGGGCUUGAGGAGUUCAUGGUCAUAAAAGUGAUUGGAGCUUUCCUGCCUUCCAUGAAUACCCAGAAGCUAUAUAGAGCUUCUGCAAAUCAUUAUUAUAAGUCUAGACUAUAUUAUUGAGGUUCCAACUUUUCAGCUUCCUGAGCUUCUAGUGCCUGGGUUCAAAUCCUGCCCUGACACUUGCUAACUCUGUGAUCCUCCAUGCUAUUUCUUCUGCUACGAACAUUCCACCAAGAAAUGUUUUUAAAAUAUUAACUGCUUCCAUAAUUACUAUUUAUUAUUACUAGAAGGUUGAGUGGAGGUAAAAGUUCCCUUCCCUUGUACUAAUCCAUAAGAGUGUCACCUAAAAUUUGAUAGAGGUGCUUUUUGGCUAAGUGGAAUGCUGGCUUUGUUUCUCUGUCCCGGAGUCUUCCAAAUUGGCCAUCAGUCGCUUCUAAACUGCCUAAACGAGGCAAAGCCUCCUCUCCUAUUUAUAUUAUAAAUCUCUUCCUUCCUUGCAGGGGAAGCAGAGAGUACAUAUUAAACUGCACUUAAGGUUGUCAGUGUUGCUUAGACUGGAGGGUGGGUGUGUCCCGGUGAGUAGCGAUUGAUCAGUCUAAACCAAAUGAGAGUUGGGUUUUUUUUUGAUAUAUCGUUCAGCUGUGCUGUGGGCUUAUCAACCAGGCAGCUCAGGAAGUUGUUUUCCUUUGUCAGCCAAAUAAAUUCUUCAUAGGCUCUUAGAGGGCCCUCCUGUGGAGGGUUCCUGUUAAUGGGGGAGUGAGGCUUAAAGCAGAGCUCUGAACCACACUUGUUUUUGCUGAGCUGGUGCUCGGAAGGAGUCCUACAUUAGGCUGAUGAUAGAGAAGAUACAUUUGAGAUGGAAUGUGCCCUGCCCGCUGGAGCCAUCCGAUGCUACGCAUCCCAAGAGAGCCAAGUCAUCGUGGGCUGAGCUCUGAGCUCCCACCCCCACGUCUGGCCUUAACUGCAGGCUCAGAUGUUGACAGCUGCCCCUGGAGGGUGAAGGGAGCCUGCUAACGCCAACAUCCCCAUUGUCUGCAGCAAUUGCUCUCACCCUGGCUUCCUGGUGGGACUUUUCCAUAGAUGAAGAAAUCUGCCUUCUGAUUCCAGGGCCUAUUCGAAUCUCUGAGUAUAGCCUAUUCCCUUUGCUUCUGUCUGCUAUGGGAAAUGUGGCUGAUUUUUUUUCUUUUUUUUUCUUUUGAGACAGUCUCACUCUGUCACUCUGGAUAGAAUACCAUGGUGUCAUAGCUCACAGCAACCUCAAACUUGAGGGUUUAAGCGAUCCUCUUGCCUCAGCCUCCCAAGUGGCUGGAACUGCAGGCGUUGGCCACAGCACUCAGCUGGUUUUUCUACUUUUAGUAGAGACAGGGUCUAGGUCUUGCCCAGGCUGUUUUCAAACUCCUAAACUUAAGCAAUCCACCUGUCUCAGCUUCCCAGAGUGCUAGGAUUACAGGUGUGAGCCACCACACCCAGCCAAUGUGGCUGUUUAUAAUGAACCCCAGCUCCCCAUAAAUGAACUGGGGAAAGGAGGGUGGAUGAUCUACUUACAGGAUGGAUGAUCUACCUACAGGAGAGGAGUGCUUCUACUCUUUUCAACAGCGUGACUAGUCUAAUCUUGGUCUAUCCUGAGAGACAGAAACCCAACUACACAGGGUAAUGUGAACUUCAAACUGCCACUGACAUUUUGCUGGCAGGACCUCGAGUACUCUUGGCCUGGGUCUUUGUCUAGGGCUAAGGAGGGCUCUGGGUCUAUGGCACUUUCUUUUACUUUUUAUUUUUUUGAGCCAGGUUAUCACUGUUGUCAGGCUAGAAUGCCAUGGCAUCAGCCUCGCUCAGUAACCUCAAACUCCUGGGUUCGAGUAAUCUUCUUGACUCAGCCUCCCAAGUAAUUGGAACUUAUAGGUACCCUAUCUCCUCCCACCAGUGCCCAGCUAAUUUUUCUAAUUUUAAUAGAGAUAAGGUCUCACUCUUGCUCCUGCUGGUCUCCAACUUCGAAGCUCAAGGGAUCACCCACCUCAGCCUCUAUGAGUGCUAAGAUUACAAGUGUGAGCCCCGCACUUGGCCUAAAUCUGUGACAUUUUCUAUUCUUACUCCAAGUCACUUUUUUCCUCUAGGCAAAGUCCCCAGGAGUGGGACCUGGGGCUCCUAACCUUAGUCUUUUGAUCCCAAACUCAUUUAUUCUGGAAGGCCUUGGGACCCUUACCCAGAGUAAGUGAGCAGGCUGGUGUAGCAUACCUUGCCUGGAGUUCCUGACCUGUCCCAAGCCUGAUCUUUAGAAAAACUCCUCUCCAUAUAUGCUUGCUUCCAUUCCUGUCUCCAGCCCAGACCACAGGGUUCCUGUGGAAGGCUGCUUUGGCAAAUGACUACUCUUGGUGCUAGACCUGUCAGACACUUAGGGCAAACUCUGCCAUGAGGAAGUCUUCUCCCAUUCCAAGGUGAUGCUCUGGUUUCAUCUGAAGAGUAUAGGGGAGGCACUGCCACAAAGUAGACUUUUUUCAAGACAGGAAAAUGGGUAAAGAAAUACCAGCAUCUUGUAUAAGUGGGCAAGGCUGUGGGAGCAAGGCUAGUAUAUGAAUGGAUGGGGAACACCAGUUGACUGAGCACCAAACCUUGUAGAAAAAGAUGGGGUGCUUUUUGCAUUUGGCAGUAGAAAGGGAUAUAUAGAUGACAGCCCUGCAGAUAACUUUCAUUUUAUGCCUUUCAUGAACUUUCAACUUCAAAUUUUAGACAGGUUGGAAGCAUCCAAGGAAGUUCUUUUUCCCAACAAUUUUAACACUAUCUGAUCAAAAUGGUGUCUCCACCAGGGGAAAUAUAAUACUGAGCUGACUUCAGAUGCUUUUUUCCUCCACUUUUUUAUUUUUGAGACCAAGUCUCACUCUUGUCUCCCUAGGUAGUGUGUCAUAGCGUCACAGCUCACAGUAACCUUGAACUGUUUGGUUUUUGGGUUUUUUUUUUUUUUGCAGUUUUUGGCUGGGACUGGGUUUGAACCUGCCACCUCCAGCAUAUGGGGCCAGUGCCCUAUUCCUUUGAGCCACAGGUGCCACCACAACCUUGAACUCUUGGAUUGCUUGAGCAGUGUCUUCCCUCAGCUUCCCGAGUAGCUGGAGUACAGGCACGCACCACUACACCCUGCUAGUUUUUCUGUUUUUAGGAGAGACUGAGUUCUCUUGCUGUGGCUGAUCUGGAACUCCUCUGAGCUCAAGAAAUCCAUCCGCCUCAGCCUCUCAGAAUUCUAGGAUGACAGGUGUGAGCCAUUCCAUACAGAUACUUAUAUGGAUGGGUGAGUCCCAGGGGGUCAGGUGUCAUUCUCCUGUGACUGGAAUAGCGGGGAUGGACCACGUUGUGUCCUGAGUCCAGGGGGUUAGUGGGUUAACUGGAAGUGGAAACCUAUUCACAUCUCCUUCCAGGCUGCACCUUUGAGGUCAGAUGAACCCACCAGUAAAGGGGCAGGAUCAACAUCAUUAGCAUCUUGAAAAAGCAUUUGUGGAACCCCACCUCAUAAUGUGGUCAUCGAGUUCUAAAGACUGGUUUCCCCUUCUACCCUCCCACCCUAUCCCCCGGGUUCCUUAACAUUGGGGUGGAAUCUUCCCAAAGUUUAAUCUUUCUCUUGAUUCCAAAUCCUGUCCCCUUGAGCAAAGGUCCUGCCCUUCUGGUGCUAUUUCUUUAAAAUUGAUCUCCAGCAGAAUUCCAAAUGUAAAGGUCAGCAGGCAAGGAAAUGGCACUUCUAAUAGAAAACAAUGUGCACUUUCUAAAUUUGAACCAAGCAGUUUCCGCUCUUUGAUUUAAGUGACUUCCUGGGGUUCCGUGUCAGGCAGUGCAGUUGAAUCUCUGGCCAGAUUCCAACUUAAAAUUGCACUCUCUCGGUGAAAUUAGAAACUUAUCCAGGGUUGGCUUAGCUAUUCUAGUAAACAGCAUUUAGGCUGAAUGAUCAGCUCAGAGCUUGGAAAUGGGUGAUGUGAGUGCCCCUUGAGAGGAUUUCCCAUCCCAAGUUGUCAGAAGCUCACAUGCCCAGGGCUUAUUAGCUAUUGCAGGUUGCUUCUUUUAGAUGUGAUAGUAAUAAGUUCAUAUCCUGGAUGUACAGGCAUCAGAUACAGCCCUUCUCUUGUGAAUAUCUGAAAUAAAGGUUUUUGUCUAUCUGGCUGAUAAAUUCCAUGGGACCACGCAGGGGCUCACCACAUUAUCCUUAGUACCCAGCAUAAUAAUGUUUAGUGCGUAGUGCUUAUAGGUGUGCAGGAAAUCUAAACUCUUGUUCUCUGGGAUAGUGAUAAGUUAUUUGAGUACUUGCAUGUCAGGUAAUAUGGUAAGCACUGAAUAUGCAUUUUCCCAUUUAAUCCUUGCAUAAACCCCUUUUACGGAAACAAAACUAAGGUAUAGAUGUGAAAGAACUCAUUCAUAGCAAUACUGUUAGGCUAAGUUGAGAUUCAAACUUGGGUCUGAUUCUAGAUUCUAUGUUCUAUAACCAUUGAGUUAUAUAUCUUAAAUGAGAAGUAAGCUCCUUAAUGAUGUAGCAGGAUGAACUGGCACUGCUCAGGUUUGAGUCUUGGUCCUGCUACCGAUCCAAAGUUGUGUGUGACUUUGGACAACUUACUUUGAAUGUUAGCUUUUGUUUUUGAGACAGAUUCUUACUUGUUGCCCUCAGUAAAGUGCUGUGCUAUCAUAGCUUGCAGCAACCUCAAGCGAUUGGGUGAGCCUCAGCCUCCUGAGUAACUGGGACUACAGGCCACAACGCACUGCUAUUUUUAUUUUGACACGGGGUUUAACACUUGCUCAGGCUGGUCGAGAACCUGUGAGCUCAAGCAAUUCACCCACCUGGGCCUGGAUGUUUGUUAGUUUUAACCAGAAAAGUAGUUCCUUUUUGUGUGAUCGUUGUGAAGAGUAAUGACUUCAUGAAUAUGCUUGGGAGAGUGCCUCCACAUCUGAAGUUCUCAGUAAGUAUUAUUUCUAUCACUGACUAUUAUUGUUGUUGUUAUAAAUCAUCUAAGCCUUGGGACUUGCUGGAAAGUCCACUGAGGGUAUUUAGUUCCCAUUUCAUAUGGGCUCUCAAGGACCUGACAGGGCGGGUGUUGACAGGCUGCAUACUGAUACCUGGAAUCCAUUCUUUCUUCCUUUUCCCACCCGACCCCCAGGUCCCCUAGAAGCCUGUUUCUCCAUGCAGUCAAGGACCUCUAGCCUCAUGGAGCCUCCGAUCCCACAGAACGCCCCCCUGACUCCUAGUUCAGUCAUGGUGCAGCCCCUGGACAGCCGGAUGCCCCACGGCCGGCUCCAGCACCCGCUCACCAUUCUGCCCAUUGACCAGAUGAAGACCAGCCAUGUGGAGAAUGACUACACAGACAAUCCUGGCCUGGCCCCUACCAUGGGCCCCAAGCGGACCCGGGGCGCAGCCCCAGAGCUGGCCCCGACACCCGCCCGCUGUGACCAAGAUGUCACUCACCACUGGAUCUCCUUCAGUGGACGCCCCAGCUCUGUGAGCAGCAGCAGCAGCACGUCCUCUGACCAGCGCCUCUUAGACCACAUGGCACCACCACCUGUGACUGACCAGGCCUCACCAAGGGCCGUGCGCAUCCAGCCCAAGGUGGUCCACUGCAAGCCUCUGGACCUCAAGGGCCCAGCGGUCCCACCGGAGCUGGACAAGCACUUCUUGCUGUGCGAGGCCUGUGGGAAGUGUAAAUGCAAGGAGUGUGCGUCCCCCCGGACGUUGCCCUCCUGCUGGGUCUGCAACCAGGAGUGCCUGUGCUCGGCCCAGACCCUGGUCAACUACGGCUCGUGCAUGUGCCUGGUGCAGGGCAUCUUCUACCACUGCACCAACGAGGACGAUGAGGGCUCCUGUGCCGACCACCCCUGCUCCUGCUCGCGCUCUAACUGCUGCGCCCGCUGGUCCUUCAUGGGCGCGCUCUCCCUGGUGCUGCCCUGCCUGCUUUGCUACUUGCCGGCCACUGGCUGCGUGAAGCUGGCCCAGCGCGGCUACGACCGCCUGCGCCGCCCCGGCUGCCGCUGCCAGCACACAAACAGCGUCGUCUGCAAGGCGGCCAGCGGGGACGCCAAGGCCAGCAGACCCGACAAGCCUUUCUGACGCUUUGGGCUGAAACCCCAGCGCUCCAUCUGGAAACGUGGUUCCAUUCUGACAUCUGAGAAGACUGGUGCCGGCCAGAGGUGGUAUCCUCCCGCGGCUGGCCGUGCUCGGCUGUCCACUCCCCACCCCAGCUUCAGAGGACACAGAGUCCACCACCACAAACACUCUAUUCCUCAAGAGAGUGAAGAAGCACUUUGGGGUUUUUUCAGGGUCUUGGAACUUUGUGUCAAACAGACAAUGACAGGGACAGGGUGUGGUUUGUUGGGGGGGAGGAUUUUUCUUUUACAGAAGACUGAACACAGAUGUGGACACAACUCGGGAAGCUGCAGCUGCUUGAAUGCCUUUCCAGCCCUUCUCCACCCUUCCUCUCUCUCUCCCUCUUUUCCAUUGUCUGUGGCUCUCCGAGGAGCUGGCUGCCUGGGAAGAAUUGGUAACUGAGUGCCAGGGUACCUUGGAAGAAGACCCGUGGUGUCCUGACUUCUACACCUUCUUUUCCUUCCCCCUCUCACUCCACCCUAGUUCGCCCCAGUGUUUGGGGGAAGGCAUAGAACACCCUAGCAAUCCCUGCUGUGCAUACGUGGGAGCCCACCGAGGACAGCCCGCGGGUUCAAGCCUUGUUCCUCCUCUCCUGCCUCCCCAGAGCUACAGGAUGGAUGUAGAAGCCACUGUGCAGUCUCUCUCCCUCCCAACUUCGUCACUAACUCUUGGGGUGUUCCAGUCAUCACACCAUCCUUCGGUUCUUAACUGAGUCACAGACUCGCCUGCCCACAACAUGUCCGAGUUCUCUCUGCUCAGAUCCUUUCCAGAAACUUCAUGGGUAGAGAAGCCCAGGACAACAAAUGCGAGACCAAAUAUCAUUUUGCCAAUGAGUCUGAGGCUGUGGUCUCUAGAUCCAGUCAUUAUGUUUUUAUAGAAUAAUUAAACCAGAUGCUAACGAUGUUUUAAAAAAUAAUAAAACAACUGGCUUCCUUUUGGGCCACCCCCAGGAAGGGCUGAUUUCAAAAUCUGGGGGCAAGCAACCUCAAGGAACACAAUUCCCCUCCCCACCAAGAAGAGGAUUUUAACAGCAAGGAAGACAGGAACCACUUCCCAUUGGCAGGACGAGUGACUGUUGAGCCGCGCUGGGUUUGGGUUUCUUCUCUUCCGAUUCUGCUGCUUGCUGUCAUAGCCUUUUGUGUAUAGUGAUGUGUCUGUAUCUUUAAUGUAAAUAGAGAGAUGAAGAAAAAGAGUCUAUUUUAGUUCUAGGAAGCCCCAGUGGGAGGCAGGGGGUGUCAGAGAGCUCAGAAGAGCUCAAGACAGGGUGAAGGAUUCUCCCGGGGCCACUGGGGUCGAGCCCUGCUUUUGUGCAUAGCCACACCGCCCUCUUCCUGACAGCCCCCAAAGACGUAGCAACUCUUUCUCUCAAGGUGCUAAAGGAUUCAGAAAGUGCAGCACGUCCAGUGGGUAGGUACUUGUUGCAUGCAAAAGCUGUAGUGUGUCUGGUCCUUCCUCCCCAGCUGUUGUGUGGGGUUUUUGCUUUGUGUGGUAAUUUGUUUUUGCCUCUAAUGAGAGGGCCUGACCUGGGCUGGAAGAGCUUCCCCAGGUGAGACUGGAAGUGCGUUAGGCAGACCUCCUGUCACGGUUCCAGCUGGUUCCAGCUGGUUCGGUAGGAGCAGAACUGCCUCCAGGAAGGAGGCAGCGAGGCAGGUAGCUGUGAUGGGCAUGCACCCAACGCUUCUCCAGAACCUUAUUUUUCCUUCUUGAAGACUAAGUAGUAACACCUUCUGAUUUAGAAUAAGUUAAUUGUAACCACAGGUAUUUAUUGAUUAGAGGAAGGAAGGGUCGUUAUUUUCGGCUUUAUUUAUGUAACAUUUGCUAGCUUGUAAAAGGCGAAUGUGAAAUACUUGUAUCUGCAUUUUCUAAGGCUGAUUCAUGUAGCUACCUUUGCCAUGGUUGUGAUGGACAUGUGGAUGUUCUUGAACAUUUCAGAGGGAAUAGUAGGAAAAAACAUACUCAGCCAACCACUUAUGCUAAUUGAAUGUAUCAGAAGUGUACUGAAGGGACUGGAGAUGUUUCCUCAGAUGAGGUGGCUCCCAAAACAAUAGCGCACAUGUGCACUCUUUCUGCAAGGCCACAGAACUUUUCCCCAGGGCUCCUCCCUCAAAUUGUCUAUGGGAAACAGCCCCGAGGCAAGUUGCACUUUGGUGAUCUUGGUGGUCUACACACCCAUUCUGUGGAGAAUUGAUUUCUAUAAGCUGUGUAUGCACACACACACACACACACACACACACUACAUCAACCCUCUACCAACGUAGACCCUAUUUCCUGGCCUCCUAAAUUCUGACAUUUUGUGUACAUAGUUGUAAACACGGAUUUUUCUGGGUUUUGGUUUGCUUUUUUCUUUUUUCUUCUCUCCCUGUUUGGGCCUGUUCUUUUUGGUUUGCUCUAAACUUGCUGCAGAGACAUCGGCAGCACUCUGCCCUAAGAGUCCACCUCAUGCCUCAGUGCUCAGUGGUGAAGGGAAGGAGUGAAGGAACCAUCCUGGGUCCUCCCAGCUCUAUUGUGUAGCAAUCCCUCAGCUUCUUGGCAACAAAAUGAAAGAAAAAAAAGCUGGCUUGUCCCUGGUGGGCCCUCCCCACUCCUGGGGCCACUGAGGGACCAAGCUCUCAGAAAUAAUGACACAUUUAUUUCUCUGGCUGCUUCUGGCUGUGUUCUGUACCAGCAGCCCGCCUGGAUGGAUUAUGCCCUUUGGCCUUUUAUGAAACUCGCCAGCUGGUUCUCACUCCUGUUCACCUUGGUGGGUUGGUGGGUGGUUAGUCUUGCCUUUUAUUGAAAGUGGGGGACCACGCCUGGAUGCAACUGGGUCUGGGCUAGGAAAGCCUUCCCAGAUAAAUGGCAGGGUGUAGCCAAAGCUUCUCGGUACUGGGCAGGAAGGAGGUGGAAACCACUCCUAUCUGUUGGUGUGGGCCCCUUCACCGCUGAUGGAGACGGAAGACCCCAUAUGGCAUCACUAGUUUCAGCCUUCUGGAGUCUGCGUUGAUCACCAAAGUGAGGCCCAUGUAGAUGAUGACUUGUCCAAGAUUGCACACGUUAAAAGUAUUGGCCUGGCCUGGGAUCCAGAUGACUGUCACAUCAAAGUGUCGUGUCCUCCUGUGCUGCCCCAGAAGGUAGCUGAUGGGGUGUGAGCAGCAUGACUUUGCACUGUACAAUUCACUAGGGCAUCCUGCAAGCUCCACCAGCCUUCCGGUCCAUGCCUUUGAUAAGCAGUUUCACGCUCUCUCCGCUGACUGGGACAGUCGAUGACAAAUCUUGCGUUGCCAUUUUGUGCUGUGGGUAACUGUGCGGCGUCUCAUCUUGCUUUCUCCUCUUGCUGCUCCACUGUUUUGUUUCACGUUACAGAGAAGCUGUUCAAGGCUCCCACCCUACCACGUCCUACUCUGUCCCCCCCUUUCACUGUAGCCCCUUUUCACCCCACCACAAAAGUUACCACAGAAGGUUUUCUUUGUAUAGAAUAUUUAUUUUGAAGCUCUAUUUUAAUAGUAUUUAUUUUAGAAAGUCUACUAUUGUAAGAGUUCUUCUGUUUGUGAAGAAAAAAACAAGUUAAAAACUGAAUGUACUGAUCUAGAAAAUAUAUAUAAAUAUAUAUUGUUAAAUAUACACGGGACUGCUGUU